AUGACCAAUUUGAUGAAGAAAGACCAGAAAUUUCAAUGGACUGAGCAAUGUGAGGAAGCCUUCCAAACAUUGAAGGAGAGAUUGACUACAGCACCGAUUUUGACCCUUCUAGACAGCACAUUUGAAUAUCUUGUAUAUAGCGAUGCCUCGAAAGAUGCGUUAGGAAAGUAUAGAGCGAACAUAAGAGGCCUGCAGGUUUACUCCAACCUAUGGAUAUUCCUGUAUGGAUAUGGGAUGACAUAUCCAUGGACUUUAUUUUGGAGAGCUUUGGGUAUUGAACUUCUUAGGAGCAAAUCAUUUCACCCAGCUACUGAUGGGCAAACUGAACACAUGAAUAGGACACUGAAAGAUAUGUUGCAAGCUGUCGCUUUAGAUAGGCAAGGAUCUUUGGAUGAGUUCCUAGAUAUGGUGGAAUUUUCAUACAACAAUAGUUACCAAGCAAGCAUUCAAAUGGCACCUUUCAAGGCUUUGUAUGGUCGUCGAUGUCGUAGUCCGUCCUACACAGAUCUUAAGAGAAGACCUGAUGAGUUCACUGUAGGGGAUUAUGUGUUAUUGAAAGUUUCACCAAUGAAGGGAGUCAUAAGGUUUGGUAAGAAAGGCAAGUUGAGUCCAAAGUUUAUAGGACCUUAUGAUGUCACAGUAAAGCUGAAGCGAUAUGUCCCCGAUAAAUCGCAUGUGCUAGAUCCCGAGCCCUUAGACAUUGAUGAGAAUUUAUCUUUUGAAGAGAAGCCUAUCGAGAUCUUAAAUUCUAAGUUGCGUAGUACGAGGAGAAAAGAUAUAAAGAUGGUUAAAGUUCUAUGGUCUAACCAACGCACACAAGAGGCAACAUGGGAAACUGAGGAUUCCAUGCCUAAGAAAUACUCACACCUUUUUCAUGAUGUUAGUGAGUUACGGGGUCGUCAUUAA